AUGUUACAUGAACUUCUCUUGGCAUUAUCCGGGGUAUCUGGAGGAAUAUUCAUUCAUAAGAAAUUUGCUGGACUUCAGGUGUGUGUCAACAGACAGUGCAUUGCAAAUUAUAUGUAACUAUAUUUUAGUAGACUUUUUAGGCUAUUUUCAGGCUAUAUGAAGUACAAAUUUGAAGACAUCAAGACCUCAUGCAACUUUUACAUCGGAAAAAUGAAAAAUUAUGGCAUUUCUGUUUGUACCCAUGCUAUUGAAAACACGUCUAAGGUAUAAGUCUUAGUGGCUGGGCACCCAUCUAAUAGCCACUCUCCCUCCAUCGAUGAAGUAAUGUAUCAGUCAAAUCGAAGCUUCAACAUGCCCCCCCCGGGCAAACCCCCAGGCCUUUGACUUUUUUGAAAAUUAUUGUUCAAAUUCCUCCCUACCCGGGAGAAAAUGCCGUUCAAAUGCCCCACACUAGGGUCCAUUCAGGUGAUCAAAUGCCUCCACCCCGGGAACAUUUCACCGGCACAAAAAUGACAGAAAGACGGUGGAAACGCCAUCAGUUGUCGAACAAAAUCUUUAUAAAUAUAACAAAAACUGAGAAACUCUGUUAGCCUAUUUACUAUGAACAAAAGUCUGAUGCAAAGCAGCGGAAAUCGCUGCUACAAGGUAUUAAACUGAAUGCUCAGCUUUUUUUCGUGAUGCAACAUACAAAGCGUUCUAUAAAAAAAGAUCCCACCUAUUGAGAUUACUACAUCAUGACCAUUUCACUGACAUGUAUCAUCACUCACCUUAUUAAUUAACAUACUUGCAGUAGGUCAAAGUAGUUGACCUGAGCUUUUUAUUUUAUUUUAUGUUGUUGUAUUGAAUCCCCGGUAUAGGUAUUGUAUUUCAUUGUAAACACAACAAUAAAAUACAUUCAUACAUUCAAAGCCUGAAUGCAGUGUUAAAAAUUUCAAAAUUUAAAUACUUCAAAUACGGCACAAAGCUUGUUUAAGCCCUUUCCUCGUAACCAACUGGCCACAAAGGCACAAUCUUUUCCACGAAAAUCCUCUUACACCUCGUCCCCCAUGAUAGCUCGCCACGCCAAAGAUUUUACAUGAAAUCGAGGGUGCAGUUCAAAUCCCCCACCCCUAAAGCAUGGGGAUCAAAUUCCCCACCCCCUGGAAGACUCUGAUAAUCAAAUUCCCUCCUCCCCGGAACGGCAAAGGUGUCAAAUGCCCGGGGUAUGCCCGGGGAGGGGCAUGGUGAAGCUUCAAUUUGACCGAUACAUAAAUUGACUUUUAUCUCCUAAGAACAAAAAAUCAAAAGCAACGAGGCGGUCCCUUCCUGAGAAGUUGCUCAUUUCCCACCCCCUCCUCAGAAAAGGGAAUCUUUUCCCAUAUCCUUCUGAUGUAUUCCAGAGAUUGAAGGUGCCAGUCCAGCAACCCCUCAGAAUAACUCAUGAAGCCCACCUCAGAAAAUGUCAUCUAUAGGGGCAGGGGGAGGCUCUAGAAUGAGGUUGGCCAUGUUACCUUACUAGGAUUGCCUAACAUACAGUGCUGCGAAGGAUAGUAGGGACCUUAAGCAACUAUGACGAUGACGAUGACGGAAACUUAAAAAAAUAAUAGGUUUAAUGAUCAAAACAACAGCUCCGCAUGUACUGUGCAUCACACUUUUUAGUACAUUUCUUUGAUGUCCACUGCACGGCUACAAGGUGAAACCUCCUAAUUUGAUGUUUUAUGGAGGACAUGGAGAUCUGACAACUAAUUUUCCUUUCUCUUUUUGAACUGGAGUAAAAUCCUUAAGAAUUCAACUCCAGGAAAAGUCGCUGCAUUUAACAUGUUGAGCAGGUCCAAAUAUAUGUGAUUAAGUUUGAAAGAACGCAAAGUCUUUUUUUUGGCGAUGUUUUUUAAAACUGCUGUCGUUGCCGUGGUUGCUUAAGGUCCCUAGUCGCAUGAAGGCUGAACCUUUACCCUGUCCCUAAUUAACCCAAACAUCACCCAUGAAUCUUGUGUGUUUAAACUGUGGGACCUGCAUUUGUCAGGUCCUAAACUCAUACUUGGAAAGUGCUAUUCACCAGAUACAUCAAUAGUCAGUGGAUAAGUAUUAGGGAAAUUUAUCCACUUCAUAUGGAUUUAUUCAGUGGAUAGAGUUAACCUCUUCUUUUGAUGGGCCAGGUGUCAAGUUGUGUUACCAAAAACAAUGGGGCAUUAACCCUUUCACCCCAGAAAUGUAUGUAACUGCCUGUUCAGAUCCAUGGUCCUUGUACUGCUUGUGAAGUCAUUGGUUUAGAUGGUCAAGGAAAACUUGGUCAUUUGCCUUGUGCAGAGAGAAGAGAUCUUUCAAACUGUACCAUAUUUAGUCGAGGAGGCCCAUGAAAAAGGCAAAAAGAAAAAAACAUGCAAUGCUGACCCGAAAAUCGCCAUGAAAAUCUUGUUCCGCUACCCACCUUCCUUUCCUUGCAUCAAAUCCUAAGAUUCGAAAAACUUUCCCAAAAACAUUUCCAGUUGAAAUGUAGCCUACUAAAUGCCCAGCCAAAAGGAACUAAAAAACAAGGCAAGAAAAAUGAAAGAAGAGGAGAGGAGUAAAAGUGAAAAUAAAAAUUGAGACUUGAAAAUUUUGCUUUUUGUGCUUGCUCGAAUUUCAGAAGCUAAUAUAUUUUGCAUCUAGAUCAUGAGGCCGCAAACUGUAUGACCUGUAAAUAGCUUUUUGGUUAGUUUUAACUCUUUAUAAGCAGACAAUGACCAGAAAGCAGCUUGACUAGCAUCUCAGCUUGCAUUUUGUGGCAAUAUUCCCAGGGGUGAAAGGGUUAUUAAGCUUAACUUACAAAACUGAAAAGAACAUUACUGAGGUAUACUGAUUUCAAGAUGUCAAGAUUAAGGAGGGUUUCUGUUUCAAUUCAUUACCAGUUUACAGCAAUUUUUAAUAAUAAAAAUCAUUAUUAACUAAUAUAAAUUCACUACAAAGAAAGGUGAAUGUAUAGUACAGGGUUGUUAAAAGUAGCCAGCUACUGGCGAAAAUCGUUGCCUACUUGGGUAGUAUUGGCCAGCUACUCUGCUUAGCAUUUCUUUACGGAUGGCGUUUUUUAAAUAAAAUAUCGCUGUACUAGCCAUUUACUUUGACAACUCAGCCAUCUACUUCAAAACUUUCUGAAAACCCUGACAGUACCAAGGGACUUUCAAGCCAGUGGCAAAGCUUUAGUUUCACUUUGUGAAAUAAAAUGAGAAAGGACAUAUUAUAGCUGUAUUUAGAUGUAUUGUUUCAUUUUUAGGUUGCUGCUGAUUUGCCCUUUAUUCAUGAGAGUGAGGUAGAUCUUCUUAACAGAAUCUGCAGACUCGGCUCGUACUUUCAAAAGUUUCAGACAUUUUGUAAGAAGUUUACAGAGGUAUCUCCUUUUAUCAGGGAAGAUUCAGGAGAUGGUGAGCACAUGUAUUAUUAAAACCUUUUUUUCCAAAUUUGGUGCCAAAUCUUCAUUAUAACUUAUUUCUUUAGGUUUUUUUAAAUUUCUUCUCUCUUCUGGUGUUGCCAGUCACUUUUUAUCAUACAUUUCUUUAAUUGCCUCUCUGAUUUUUAACUUCCAAAUCAAUUUACAGAUUUGUCUAUCAUUUCAAGCAGAUGUAGGUGAUCUUAGUACUAGUAUUCACCAAUAAACAAGUUGUGACUGAAAACAUUUCUCGUCAGGAACCAAUCUAGAGGAACCAUUUGGUUUAUAUAUUCAAGCCUUCUGUACUGGGUUGGAUCAAGUACUUGACUCCUACAGAAAAGACCUGAUUGAUUUAGAGAAACAGGUACUUUAAUUUAACUUAUGUACAAGUCUGAGUUAAACAUUCUAAUAAGCAUUUCACUGAGGUCACUGUGACUAAUGUAUUUUUUUAAAACUACACAGAUUCUAAGAGAUUCCAAACUUCCUCUGACCUACAUUGAACACAGUUUAGAACAGGUUGGUUAAAUUUUUGAAACUUAAUAAUUACAUUUUGCAGAAGUGUGCGGAAUAAGGCUGUGGGUGACUGAAAUUUGAGCAGAUUAUAUUUUAAUGCUUAAAAUGCAACCAGGCAAAUAGACCAGUUUCAAGAUCUUUAAAUUCAUACUUGACUCUGAGGUUAAGGGGAAUGAAACAGAAUUGCAUUGAGAUUAAGAGAUGAAUAAUUCAUUUGUUUUGUUUUAUUCCUUUCAUCCUCAAUACCAAAUAUAAAUUUUGAUGAUUUUGAAACUGCUUUUUUAGAGGAAAAACUGUCAAUGUAUCAAAAGUCACUUGGGACUUUAUCACAGGCACCCCAGCCUUCAAUAAUGUACUUUAUUAUUCAUUCAAAAUAUUCCCCAAUUCUGAUUGGCUAAAAGCACACGCACAAUAAUUCACCAUAACCAGUUACUGAUGACCAAAUUUGGAAGAAUUUUGUGUUUAAUGAGGAAAUGACGUCAAAAAUGCAGCCCGCCACAGGUUAAAGCACUGUUACCGAGAAGACCUGGGGAUGAGGUUGAGUUGUUUUGGUUGUGAAAAAAAAAAAGGUGGACUUUUCAACUCAUUUCAAGAGUAAGAACUACAGCUGGAACUAGGCAAAAUAAUAGCUAAAAACAUGGCGAAAACAGCAAGAAGAGAACUCGGGGGGCAACAUCUGCUAUUUGGAGAAUAUUUGCGGAGCUGGACAAACCUAAACAUACACUAUCGAAGAUGAACUUAACAUCGAUGCAGGUAAGCAUGUUUUAGCUAUGUUUUAAACUAGGAAUUAUUUUGAAUGAAUAAUAAAGCAAUUAAUGAAUUUGGCUUUCCUAGGAUAUGAAGAAGUAAGCAGAUCUCGGAGGGUGUUUAAUCCACCUUGGCCUUUGGCCUCUGUGGAUAACACCCUCCUCGACCUGCUUAAUUCUUCAUAUUCUACUCAGCCUCAUUCAUUAAUUGUUAAUUAUUCUCCCUCCAUUUAUUGGUCCUUUGAAAUGACUCUAAAAGAAUUGGAGCCCAUUCAAUUCACCCCUGGGUUUUAAAUUUGCUUUUUAAAGAAAAUGCAUCAAAUAUCAAAGUUUUCUAUACAAAUGAUGUGGUGAUAGUUAACUGUAUGAUGUCACUUUUCUUUGUGCUUAUUAAAAGUGAUUUUAUUGUUCUGUGAUUUAGAACAGGGACAUAAAACAGUGAAUGUUGAGUUGCUAGCUCUAUUGAGAUGAUCUCGUGGAUUGAUACUUUAAAUAAAGUAUUAAGUUAAUUUUUGUAUGUUUUAGUAUCAAGUGUUGUUCCCUUCGCUGUGGUCAGUCAUUGAGAAAGUCCAAGUUAGUAAGGUACACAAAUCAAUGUCCUUACAUUUCUAAAUUAUGCUAAAUAAAUGCAAAUAAAUAAAUUUAUGCAGUCUUUGUACAUUCUAUAGUUAUGGGCAGUUAUAGAAAUUAAUUUACAUAAAGGAAUGUUAAAGUUUUGUUUAUUGAAGUUUUUGUACCAGAGCUUUUUAUUGGUCUGGAGCCAUAAUUAUUUCUAACCAGUAAUUUGUAUCUUUGUAUCUUUUGGUGAUUAGGCCUUAGGAUGUCAAAUUCUGGAUGUUUUACAACAAAGCUGUGUCUGUGGGAUCCCUGAUGUAAGAUAUGCCUUAGAGAGGUACUGUUGAGGAGGACAUUCUUUUGUGCUGUCUGCUUUAUAAGAUGAACACUAAAAGAGGAGUUUAGUUCCAAUGAACUUUGCAACGACUUACAAGUUAUUUUUAAUACCAGUGAGCAAAGGCAAGUAAAAAAAGCGCCAUUUUAAUGUUAAAAAAAAUUAUGGAGAGAAAUCCCUGUCUGAACCCAUUCAUUUGCCAGUAAGGGAAAUAACGUGCUUGCAUGUUUUAUGUGGGAAGAUGUCUAAGCCUUUACCUAGAGGAAAACAAAACUGUUAAUGAUCACCACCAACUAUAAUGUACUGCAAUGAUCUUAUUUGAGUUUCAAUUUAUACCUUGGUGUUUGUUUAAAUUCACUGUAGAAUCCUGUUUGUGUGUCAUGGUGUGAUGUAUCACCAACUUAGUGCAUGGUUGCUACAUGGUAUUCUCAUUGAUAAACAUGGUGAGUUCUUCAUCAAAGAAGUAACUUUUGCUGAUGAUCAAACAGUUGAUAAAACAGCUGAAGGAGCAGGGACUAGCAGCACUGACCUAGGGAUACCUGGAAUCACUGGAAGGCAGCUUACUGAAAUAUUGGUGAGAGCAGCAGCUAAGCUACACCCAUUUGAUAGUAGAACAGUCUGUCAGUUUGAGGGGGUGGGAAAAUAAUAAUAUUAUGGGAGAAAGGAAUACCCAUACAUUAUGACCAAAGGAAAUAGGAUGUGUUCACCACACCUGGCAUGGAUGGGUUGCUAGAGUGUAUUAGGUUUUGGAGGAGGGAGUCUAAUGUGGCACAAUGUCUUUGUCUUAGAGGUAAUCAUUAGGGUGUGCGUGAGGCAUAGGUGACCAGAUUAUACACUAGGUCCAAUGUACUGACCUUUAUAUGUACCACCUACCACAGAAGAGGGCAAAAAGGGGAGAAUACCUCUAUUAAAUAUGUUUCAUUGUUAGGAUUUUGCACUAGAAAAAAUUAAAGCCAGGCAUAGGUACAUGUACCAAAGAAAAAUGGGGUACAGCUGCACAGAUGUCAGCUGGGUACAGCUUCAGAGCUGUGCAUGUACAUGUUCCUCCCACUCAGUCAGGUAAGGUUGAUCUGUGGUGGUCUUUAGUGGGAGAUGAAAGAAUUGAGACAGUGUCAUUAUUCCUUAAAUUACUGUGAGCAAUAUCUUUUGUUGUAGGAGGGUGAAGUGAAAAAGGAUGCUCCGGCACAGUGGAAGUUUAGAAUCAAUGCAGAAAUGCUGCCAUCUUACAUUCCAACCAGGGUUGCUGAUAAGGUUUGUAACUUCUCAAGUUCCAUCCUUUAAAACAGUGAAUAGUUCAAUGCUAUAUAAUUCUAUUGACCAUCUGUUUUGUAGGUUUUAUUUAUAGGAGAAUCAGUUGGGAUGUUUAAAGGAUCCAAGCAAACAAAAAAUUCUCUUCAGAGAAGUAAGUAAGGUACUCCUGGAACUUCAAUUUAACUUGUAUGUUGGUAAAUGCUAAUGUCAAGGAAUUUGACAAAAUUUGUGUAGGUUCUGUUAUCCAGGAGAAAGAAGAGGAAUUCACCAAAUCUUUAUAUGGCCUACAGCAGCAGCCUAAGUUCAAUUUGAUGUUGUUUGAGAAUGAAAUUGACAAGAUCAGGUUAUGUGUUGCUGAGGUAUGUAUUAAGUUAUGCAACUUUUUCUUUCUUUAGAUAAUGUAUAACUAAUCAAGCAGUAAGGUCAUGAGAAUUAACAUAAUGAUCAGCAAAGAUGACUGUAGUGUUGGAAGAAAUGCCAGAAAAGUCAUUAUUGCUGAAUAAUGGUAAGGGGCUUGAAAGGUUUAAAAUUCAAACUGCUCAUUUGAAAUCGCUGUCAUAUUUGCUAUCAAAAUAAUCAUUAUUGUGAUCAUCAUUGUAAUGAUUGUCAAUUAGGCUAAGGGAACACUAGACAUUUUGCAAGGCCACCACUGGUUUUCCCGUAAAAUGACUUCUGAGGAACAACUGCAAAAAUUUGUUACUGAUAACACGUUACAACCCUCAUCAGGCUAUUGCAUCUCACUGGUCAUGUGAUAAGGGAAAUUUCCUUCAACCUCUUAACUUCUUAGAAGCCAUAGAUAUGUAAUCUACUUGAUCAUUCCAAAAGUUGGCUGUAAUGAUAACACCUUGCACUGUAUAGCCACGAACACUUUCUCAACUUCUUGUGCACCAGUUAAUAGGCUCUUGUUGCAUAUUUUGGGUUAAAAAUUAGGACUGAAUGCACUUUACAAACAGUAGUCCAGUGAGAGUUCUCAGUGAUAAAUACUAGCUUUGUUGUCUCAUCCACACAUUUCACCCCUCAGAUUCCAAAUACAGUAUAUCAUGAUUGAAAACAAUGUUAACCCCAAUAGAGUACCUUGGGGGACUCCCCCAUGAGUGUGUUUUCAUGAUGAUAAGGUGUUGUCCACUGUCACAACCUUACAGUGGAGUAGUGCAUGUUUGACAUCCAAUAAACUCAGUUCUUCCAAUCUGAGAACCCUGUGGUCUAUCAGUCAAACAUUCGUAUAAAUCUGCACUCCUCCCUGCAAACACUGAACACUCCCUAGGUCUAAGACUGGUUUAAAAGUAACCACCAUUGAUACAAAAUUAAUCCACUUUGUUAAUUCAAAUUUCAGCAUCUUUGGAAACUUGUUGUUGAAGAUGUGAAUUUAUUGAAGCAUCUAAAGGUAUAUGUGUCACAUUACCUAGGCUGGAGUUAUUAUUAUUGUUUCAUUAAAAUAACUGUUUUCAUGUAGAUAUUUAUUGUUACCUUCUUCUUAACUUUCUUUGCUAACCUCUGUUGAUCAGAUUUUGAAGGAGUUUUUCUUAUUGGGAAGAGGAGAGCUAUUCUCAGCAUUUAUAGAACAUGCAAGAAGUUUACUAAAACUACCUCCAUCAGACAACACCUCUCAUGGUAAGCUGGUCACACGAUGUAUACCUUAUGCGCUUAUUAGUAAGUCUUAAUUCUUUAACUCUGGUGGAGCAAAUGAGCGUAGAAAAGAACACUCCAUUAAACGUCUCAAACUCAAUAAUAAUUCAUGUUGAAAAUACUAAGGAAAUUAAUGUUUAAUGAGUGUAUGGAAAUCAGAUGAAAAACUGGUCAUUUUUGUAUCCUGAAUUUCUCCUUCUAAAAUCAUUUUGUUUGAGAAGUAAUAUCAAGCAUUAGACAGUGUUUCAUCACCAGAUGAAACACCUCAAAGUUCAUCAAAAAUACUCUGCUGCAUGUCGUAUUUUCAACUCUCCCCUCGGUGUUUCAUCUGGUGAUGAAACACUGCAUCUCAUGCUUGAUAUAUUACGUCUUCUGUUUCAUGGUAUAUCUGUCCAGUAGUAUUUUGAUUGAACACUCAAUUCAGUACCUAUCAUCGACCCCAGCCAUCCUCCACCCAUCACUCCUCCUAUACCUUUGGUUACCCUGUUACAGUUCUACUUGUUAAAUCCUCUUGCGAAGUAGAUAAAAUGGUUAAUGGGUGGUGUAUAAAUAACAUGUUUGUUUCCCUGUUUUUAUUUAUGUUUCUUGACAUCACAUAAUUAUUUCUAACAUUUUGAUCUCUUAAAGAUGCUCAUGCUGCUUUUCUGCAAGUUCUUAGCAAGGUGUGUUGCAGAAAACUUUUAUUUAUUCAAAAUGUGUUUGCUAGGAAUUGUGUGGUGGUAAAAGCAAUCAAAUUUACCAAUUCUAAAUUUGGCUAAAUGUAAUUUAGGCAGUUAAAUUGCAAGCCAGUGUGGUCAGCGGUCUCCUCCUCAAGCGUACGUGAUCUGUGGGGUGACUGCAGGGGCCUUUUGCUUAUCUUGUGACUUACGUUGCAUCUCAUGCUGGAAUUUUUGAUCUGAUCUUUGCGGAUUCUUGCUCCCAGCCCGUCCCUUCCCUUCUGUGCAUUGGUAAGUAUGGGGUCAGGUGAGUAUUUUCCACUGAAUUCUUUCAGUGUGACAGUGCCAGUUGGCGGCUUUAUUCAGGGGUGGUUCCCGCUUGCAGGGUUGCCAUGGAUACCUCCUUGCUAUGCCUGAGACAUUCAGGCUCCCGUCCAACCUUUAAAGGACCAGUUCCCAAGCUCAUCUAUUGGCGAUGAGUUUAAAGAGUGAAAAUAGUAAACAAGUACUCUUAGUAUUCAGAAGUCAGGAAAGUUGAUUGGAAUAUUUCUCAGUUUCUUCCAGAUGAUGAUGAAGCUGCAUCAUUGUUUACUAUUGUGAUCGACAAAGAGAUUACUCAGCAGGAGAAGAAGAAGAGAACUGCUGCAGCUACAGGUAUUUACGGCUCCUUUGUUCAGUUUUAUUUCCAUUGCCUUGGUUUUAUUUCUUUGAUGUUUCAAGUUGACGGUUUCCUGUUAUCUACAGACUCAUCAGCUGUAGUCAUAUCAGGCUGGGAUUGUGUUAAGCUCCAGUAUGACGUCCAGUGGCCAUUGCACAUUCUUUUCCAGCCUGCUAUUCUCGAAAAGUAAGUUACUGUUAUGUAGGCUUUGUUUUGUCUCAUACACCCAUUGAAAUUUGCCAGCCUAUUCAAGACGAAAGACCAAAGGUGUCCACCCUGUGUUUAUAGUGUCCUAUGCAACCGCCAUUGUAGCCAAAGUGAUGGUGAUGUAGGAGACUAGCUCUAUGUGUACUGUACCCUGUACUUCAGUUUCAGUUCUUCUAUAUGUGUGUCAUCAAUUCCUCACCAAAGAUAGUAUGCUAUCCUAGACCAAAACCCUCGGACUUCUCUACCCUAUCAUAAUCUAAACUACCUAAGCAGCCUGAAAACCGAAGCCACACAUGCCCAUACGUGUACAUGAGAAACCUCAGGAGUUCCAUCCAGUUGCAUAGACAGAUGCAAUCAAUUCUCUUAUUGGGCACACAACCUUGUAGACACUCUAGGACACUCUCUCUCACCUCCCGUACUCCUCCCGUCUUCUAUUCUUUAGAGCUCCCACCCCCUUGCCCUCUGCCCAUAUUAUACUGUUUUAUCAUAGAGUAAAUUACAGUGAAUUUAUUUAAUGUUUAGGUACAACAGUCUCUUUAGAUUCUUGUUGAAAGUAAAGCGUACUCAGUUGGACCUUCAACAAGUGUGGGCAGCUUACAUGGGCACUAAACAUUUAUCCAACGCACAGAUAUCAAAUAUGACAAAGAUAUGGCUUUCAAGGAUGCACAUGGCCUUCCUAGUGGAUAAUUUACAAUAUUAUCUUCAGGUAAAGGAGUCAUGCAAUCAUAUAUCACAGUAUUCCAAGUUCAACCAUUUUUAAGUCGUCAUUUUGGUGACUUAAAAUUAUAAAUGCUUGAUAGGCAUAAAACAUUGGUCGCCAGAAAAAAGGACUCUUAUUACAUGUAAAGUUUGAAAUAAUCAAAGUGUCUGCCCAGCUAUCGCAACAAAAUUUUGGGGUGCAUUCAAUAUCUCAAAGUUAGACCGAACGUGAAAAGAGAAAAUAAUGAAAAAACAACAGAACCUAAAUUAUUUCAUGCAAAUGUUCAUGAAUCGCACUUGAACUUUAAAAAGACCAAAAAGACUAACUAAUAAAAGACAUCGCUUUGGCACCGCAGCUUCUGCUCUCGUAACAGUGUACUUUUAAAAUAUCAGUUUUAUUCACUACAUCUCAGAUUUUACCAUGCAAUAACCUUUCUUGGCAUAACCCUGACUAUUAUUGUUCAAUUGACAAUAAUUCAGUUGAUGUUCCGAAACAAGUGUUAAAAAUUAAAAGGCCCCUUAUUUUUAUUUGUAGGUGGACGUUUUAGAAGCACAGUACACCCAACUCGUGGAGAAAAUAAACAGCACAAGAGACUUUGAAUCAAUCCGUCUGGCGCAUGAUCAGUUUGUCACUACGCUCAUGGCGCAGUCAUUCCUGCUCAUGAAACCGGUAAAGAAUCUGAAUUAAAAAGAUUUGGCUUUCUUUUUUCAAAAACUUGUCUACAAAUAAAGAUUUUAUUCUGCAGGUUUGCAGCUGAAGAAUGCCAAAGUUAAUGAGUACCCAAUGGUCAAAAGAGCUUCGUAAAAACGCAUUUUGCAUAACAUCGAAGUGACAAUACUUUAAUUUUACAAUCCUUUUACAUACAAACCCUAUCCUGAAAAUGCUAGUCUUAAGACGUCUUAAUUUGGGUACCGAUUUAAUUUUGUUCUGACAAACUUCUACAGACGUCAGACAGGCAUGCAAACGGAAACCAUGAGAGAUAAUCAGGCGUCAAGGUUAUUGAACCAAAAUACUUUGGUUAAUUCCUAAGAUAAUUACAUGUAGGAAAGCAAAUCCUUUAUUAUUAAAUAAGAAGUUCACUGAGGUACCAAGGAUUAAAGCAACAGGAAACGAUACUUACGUCGGCAAAGACUCGUCAUCGACACUUCCAUGUAGCUUUAUCACCAGACCACUUAGCUAUUUUUACACUACAUUUUUUAAGUUCAUAUUCAUUGUAAGAGAAACAUCUUCGUUAUUCGAACUUUAGAAGGCCUUCUUUUAAUGUUUAAGAACACCUUAAUUUAUUUCCAUGUACAAAAACAUUCAGAUCGGACAUCUAAAACUUUCAACUAACAACACAAAUUUUCUCGAAUUUCUUAUGUCUUACUUGUCAUCAACGAAACUCUUGAUAUCAUAGUCGCAGCAAGUGGUCGCGUGCAACUUAGGUUUGGAGUGGUCGCGUGCAAUAUUUAUAAACUCGAUUGUUUAUUCGCCACUGAAUUCAAAUUGGUUUAAGUAAUUUAAGUUCUUUCGGAUGUCCAAUGAAAUUGACUGACCGCGCUAUCACAAAUAGCUUUCCUUAUAAAUAGUAAGCUAUCACCCUGAAGUGGCUAAUAUUUAUGGCUUCGGCUGAUGAUUAGCACUGUAAACUGGCAUCGCAACAAACGGGCAACAGUGAUCGUGCAGAGUCUUGAAUUCUUGAAAAAGUCUUGAAAUUUGUAGAACAAUAUUCAUGACCAGGAAAAAGUCUGGAAAAUUGAUAUAAACUCUGCAAAACUGCCACUACAUACAGGUUAACACUGCCAUGCGCUUGUUUUGUCACAUUCCUUCAAGUUUCCGUUGACAAAUGACCGGGAUGCAUGAUAAGGAAUAACCUACAAUCAGGCGGUCGUUUCCCCUUGUUUUCUUUGCCGCCGACUUUCGCGCUAACUAACGAACGGCUGAUCGCAGGUUGGAUAAGAAAUAGCGUGUCUCAUUGAAAGAAAUAAUACCGCUUGAUUGAUUGAUCGCUUGAUUGACAGGUGUCGCACUGCCUUGAUGAAAUCCUGAACUUAUGUCAAUCAUUCAGCUCGCUCCUGCUUCAGACGGGAAACACUGGACUGUCAGAGAGAGAACUGGCGCAAAUUGAAAACAUCACUAAGGUACAGUACAACUUAGGGUGUCUUUAUUUCAAAAACGAGGAGUGUAUUAUUAGGUUUAAAAACUCUCGGCUUCGCCUCGAGUUUUUUAAAAUGAUAAUACACGACUGCGAUUUUUUUUGAACGGCUUCAAAUCUCUGAUAUAGACCAACUCAUUCUUAAUAUUUAGAUUUGGUGUUAUUUUGGUCUUUAUUAGAUAUAAAGACACUUAAUUUCUUUUGUUUUCUUCUUUAUGAAUUGUUAAUGAAACUUUUUAACGCCAUAUUCUUCUUUGGCGGGUACAACGAGGUAAUUGUCAUUCUUGGACACCAAGGGGCAGCAAAUCGGGGAGGAAUUUUCGCAGGCAAAAACAUUCUAGGUAAAGUUUGCAAGAAAAACGGAAGAACGCCUCUUACCAGAGUAAUUACAGAAGCAUUUGGAUUCUCUGCUUCUAUUAAGUGGCCGACAAAUAUUUUCUAACGCUUCUUGAACUCUGGUCCCGUUGGCCUGAGAUUAUCGGCCUUCCCUGUAAUCUUUAUAUCUCCUCGUCCCCCAAUCACAGCUGGUUUAUGGUUCGGCAAGAGUUAGUACCUCCUGGCUUUUCUCUUCUUCACAGCUAUAAUAGCAAGGGCGAAAAAGAAUGUGGGGGGGGGGGGGGGGGGGGGGGGGGGGGGGGGGGGGAAAGCGCUAAUCCCCUGGCGCCUGCCAGGUGGGCUACCUUCUUCUCAAACAUGUGAAAAACUUUGCAACGAUUUCAACCGUAGUUCUCUCUUACCAACUAGCAGCUGCUGGGUCUCAGGAGAUGGGCGGUUAUCAGGCCCCAGUUGUUUUAAGGGUGGAUAGCUCUAUCCAAUGGAUAUUGCAAUCGCUUUCACUAAAACUUAUCGGUUUGAACAACAGGGGCCAGGUGUAACAAUUAGUCUCUUUACCCUGGACGCGAUUCACUCGACACAGUAUGAAAUUCCAAAAGUUUUACCCAUCGUGUGAUGGAAAAUUAACAUUAAUUUAUUUACCCUUGGCUCGGCUGUAUUUAGAGCAGAAAAUGGCUGAGACAAAUCAAACGCAACAACGAAACGAAAGAAUCUUGUCUUUGAAUGAUGUCGGUGUAAUUGACCUCAUACACUUAAGACAUCUCUAGCUGAUGGUAAUUUACAGGUGCGUUCGAUUGAUCGUAUUUCGGAAAAAGAUUACGCAAAUUUGUGACAAAUAUUUUUAACCGCAAAUUUUGGGUCGUUGAUUCAUCGUUAUUAUUGAUGUUCACCAGAUUUCUGGACUUUACAAUGCAAUGUAAGCCAAAACUCCUUGUACUCUUAUUACGGAAAACGGUCAAUCGAACGCACCUAAAUUUCUUUUUUGUCUACUUGAUUUUGCAGACUUAUGAAAGACAGACUGUUCUUUUGUUUCAAAUCCUGUCAAGUGUGCGCAGUCAUCAAGCCAGUCCCCAUUUAGCUCAGCUACUACUUAGGAUUGACUUCAAUAAACACUUCUCGUCAUCAUUCCAGGAGAGACUAUAAACACAUACAGCCAAGUGGUGCUUCUCAUUGGUUGAGUUAAAAUCAGUUCAACCAAUCAGAGGUUUUAUCGACGUCCAGGCUAGUGGUCCUUGAUGGGGCUUUACCGGAAAUACUGUUUUUACAGACCUGCAAUAGCCUGCAUAACAGAUGCUAAAAUGGCAAGCGUGCGGGAGACUGGGCGUUGAGAAACAAAGACCUAGUAGAGUAAAAUAGCGGACACCCUUUGCUGAAUUAAAUCAUCCUCAAGAAUUUAUUCGUACUUGUAGAAUUAAGAGUUAU